AUGUUGCCCAACAUGACGUCGAGUAAGUUGUCGGUUUCUCGCGCUUCCAUUAAAUCUUCUUUGGGCCACUUCUCCUUCUCUUCCUCCCAAACCAACCUCGCCGACCCAAUCUCGCCCAAAGCCCGCCGCAAGAGACAUCACAGCGUAUCCGAGCCCCUAUACGAGCAGCAACAACAGCAGCAGCAGCAGCAGCAGCAGCAACAACAACAAUACCAAAAUCAGCAUCGGCUACAACCAACCGCUCUCGGAGGCUCCGGCCGCGAAGACGCCAACAGUUACACGCCCACCCGCCCGCAGCCGCCCGCAUCCCCGAAACGAUCACAGACCGACACCUCGGUCAACUCUCCCACGACUGCUGCCAAGAUCAACGGCGGAAACCCGUCCCUGAAGGUUCCAGAGGACCAGACACCCGCCGCCGAGCCAGUGCUCAUCGCUCCCGUUCCCACUCGACCCCCCAACAACAGAAAAUCCCGGUCUUGGGGGCACCGUCUGUCUGCUCUGUUUCCCUCGCUCAUCGUCCAACCGACAGAUCUACCCCAAACACAAUCUCAGCCGCAGCAGCAGCAGCAGCAACAACAGCAGCAGCAACAGCUCCCGGUCCACCGCAAAUCGCUGCCCUCCGACACGCCCGCCUCUCCCUCCGAUAGCGCUCCCUCUUACCACACGACUGGUAAUCCCACCGUCCGGCCUGUGACGAGCUCAGGUCUCGGUCUCGGAAUCGUCUCUCCCAUCGCCGACGACGACGACGACGACAACUACCUCAACCUGCCUCCUCCCACUCCUCCCUCUGAUGCACCGCCUCCUGUUCCUAGAAAAGUCGCCCCCGCACCUCUACACCUUUCAAUACGAACAACGACAGCAACAGCACACUCUUCAGCCGAUCAACCCAUGAUCUCUCCUCCCCAAGCUUACUCGCCUGCCUCUCUAGACAUGCUGGCCACUCCUCCGCCGCCCUCCGAGGCGCCGCCCCCCGUGCCAGCCAAGCUGCGAAAGGACAGGCACCUCCCGACCACACCGCCAGUACCGCAAACCAACGACGGCUCGCCCGUAUCACAGCCCGAGACGACGCCGCCCGCCAAGUUGAGAAAGGAGGUCGCCGAGCCUAGAAAGCGAAGCAGCUCCUUCCUCGAGAACCGGAAAUCGUCGUUCCCCAUGCUGGGCGUCCGCGCUCCGUCGCCCGGUCCGGAUGCGCGAGGCAGAAGCACAUCCGUCACCCCGCCCGGCGGCCGGACCAACACUGGAAGCUCGCAGAAUACUCUCCCGACCCAUAGGUCCAACGACAGUCAGAGCCCGACCCGCGACGAGAGGCGCGGACGGCUGCGCAGGAGCUGGCUGCCUGGCGGAGGAAGAUCGCGAUCGAACUCGCAGGAUGUCACUGCCGCCAGCAACAGCUCCCAGGCGUGGGUGCUGUCGCCCGACACGCCCGGCGAAUACAACACAUCGUUUUUGCUCAAUGCGGAAAAGGUCCCGGAACUGUGGAACGAGAACGGCAACGUCUACGUUUACCUCCAGCCCAGGAGCAGCAACGCCGGGCCGUCCUUCAAGGUGCCCAGCUUUUCCAUCAUCAACUCGGUCAUCUUCAACGAGCUCAUCCAGGCCGAAAUGGCCUCGCCGACUAGCAGGAGCAGGGCGAAGAGUUUCGGAGGCCGGGACAGCCUUUCGGUGGACGACGCGCGGUCCGGCGGCUCACCCCCACUGGAAAGCUACGACGGCCCCGGCGACCUGAGGCUCUAUCUGCCGGCGACGCCCCCGCAAUACACGCAACCGGGCAACGGCCAGCUCUCGGCGCCGGGGCCGCAGCUCCGCGCCGACGUCGACCGACUGAUUUCCGUCCGCAACCUUUUCGCGUUCUUGACCGGCCAGCCGCUGGUGGCCACCAAGGCGCACCCCACCACUUUCGCGGCGUUUCUGCAGAUCGCGAAGCUGCUCAAGGAGUACGGCUUCACCAACGCUGACGGCUCCUCCUUCGGCGAGGCCGUCGACCUAAGCUUUGGCUUCUUCAUGGAGCAGCUAUCGCUCGCCGAUGUCCGCCACAGCCGCGAGAAGACGCUCGAGUCGCUGAUCCUGGGAGAGUCCAUGAGGUCGAUGGAACUCUACAACGAGGCCUUCGCGCACGCCGUGGGCAAGUACACGGCGAUCCUCGACCUGCGCUCGCCGCUUUUCGAGCAGAUCUCCCUCUAUACGAGGCAGCGCCUCGAGCGCGCGCAUCUGGACCUCGUCAACCGGCAGCACAACGUCAACGUCAGGCUCGAGCAGUUCGAGUUCCCGUCAAUAUUCGCGGGUGUCGCAAGCUCCACCUCAAGCGCCGAGCUGAAGGCCAUCCGGUUCAAGGUCUGGCAGAAGCACUUCAACAAGAUGAGGCAGUUCGUCCUGGGGUACUACAAGAACAACUUUGGCGCCUGGCCGCCCAAGGCCAGCAGCAAGAAGAACCCCUUCUCCGAGAGCGGCCUCAACCGCCUCGUGCUGAAGGCCCUCUACUCCGACAUGUGCGCGCUGUACGACCUCCUCGUGGACCGCGAGAACAUCACCACCAGGGUCAUGGACGGGAACGCCGACGACGAGUCCGGCAAGACGACUGACCCGCCCACGAUUGUCAACCUGCGCAAGAUGCUCACCGAGUUCGACAACUCGACACCCCCCGUCCUGCCGCCCAUCCCCUUCGACGUCCCGAAGCUGCCCACGAUGACGGCCAUCCUCGAGACGUACGACACCAUGUCGGCCAAGGAGCAGGCCCGGUUCGACCGCAAGAUCAAGGAGCACGAGCUGACGCUCGUCCUCCAGAAGGCGUACAACUGGGACGCCAACAGCGUCAACAUCCCCUUCCUCACCGAGUUCAAGGACUUUGAGCAGCACGAGGCCAAGGGCAAGAGCGCGGCCGACCUGGCGGACCAGCGCAUCGGCUACUGGCUCUUUCUCUACGUCGUUCUCCAGUCGCUGCCGAUGCUCGUCGUCGACGCGCCGAACCUGCGCUUCAGCGAGGCCGUCGAGUACUUCCUGUGCGAGCCGCCCAUGGGCAACCUGCCUUGGCUCGAGGACGCGCGCCAGGUCCGCAAGAUGUGGUACGAGGUCUCGGGCGGCAACGGCUACGUCGAGCUCUCGGCCGACAGUGUCCUGUUCAGCGUCGAGGCCGUGUACCACCGCAGCCACUGCUGGCUGGCCGCCAAGGAGUGGGAGGGCCUCGACGGCGCCGAGGCCCCGCCCCCACAGGACGCUGGCAUGUCCCCGCUGGAGCCGCCCCGACCCGUAUUCCCCGGCCCGGACGGCAUCGUCGGCGGCCCCUCGUCCGGCACCCCGCCCACACCCGGGUCCCCACAGUCCCACCUGCGGCCGCGCAACGUCUCGCCGGGAGGACGCCAGCUCGGCAACCGCAGCGCGCACCGGUCCAGCAUGAUCUUCGGCCUCGAGCCCGUGCCGUUCGAUGAGGGCAUGCCGGGCGACCGCAGCUCGCGCAUCGGCGCCGCCGGCAGCAGCGCGCGGAGCAGCUCGGCCGGGUCGCGCCCCCUGAGCAUGGUCAUGCCGCGCACGCCCUCGGCCACGAACCUGCGCAACCAGUCCGUUGACCACACCGCCGCCGCCGCCGCCUAUGCGCCGCAGGAGGCCGCCGCGACGUCGACCAUGACGUUUGACGACAUCCUCGGGGGAGGCGAGGAGAAGAAGACGACCAAGAAGAAGAAGGGCAAGUUUUUCUGA